AUGCAGGUGGAUUCAGGGGAUGGACUCCCUGUUUCUGCUCUGCCAGGAUCGGCUUUUAAUACUACCGUAUGCCGCACAUCGCUCCGGCCAAAAGCUGGCAAUCAAGUGACUGAGAGGCUACCGAAACGGAAAAGGACUAGAGUGACGAUCUAUUUACGGAAUUACAACGCCCGAACGCUUGCAUCGGAUGCGGCCAUUGAAGAUGUGAUGAUGCAAGCCAGGAAGUUUAAGUACGACGUCAUCGAACUGACCGAGACGAGGCGACGCCACCCACUGAACGCCGUGUGUGACACUGGAGAAGAAGUGUUCUUAGGAACAUGCCACAGUAGAGGAGUCGGUGGAGUUGCUGUCUUCAUCGACGCGAAUAUGGCAGUAAACAUCAACUCUUUCGAAAAACUUACAACUCGAAUCGGGCUUUACGGAUGA